AUGGCGACAGUGGACGAGGAAGAGGCGAUUCGGGCUGCUGCUCUUGCCAAUGUGGUGACAGGCACGCCGCAGGUGUUGGUGGCUGACGGCCUCACCAACACCUUCGACGGUGCCCGAUUCCAGUUCGAGGACUUGCAGCUCACGGUUUGCCGGGGGCAGAAGCUGGGUCUGGUGGGGAUCAAUGGCUGCGGGAAGUCGACGCUUCUCAAGGUGCUGGGAAAGAAGGAGAGUUGUGACUCCGGCACGAUCGAGUCUCCCAAGGCAACUGUCGUGACGUACGUGGAGCAAGACCCCGAGUUUCCGACGGGGUCCACCGUCAAGGAUGCCGUUUACGGGGCGGACAACCCUCUCAUGCGCGCCGUGCGGGCCUAUCAGCUGGCGACGGAGGCGAUCGAGGGCGCGGGCGCGGACCCCGACGCGCUAGAGAAAGCCAUGGACCGGUUCGAGAAGGCGACGGCAACCAUGGACAGAGUCGGGGGGUGGGACGUAGAGACGUACGCUCAGCAGGUCAUGUCUCGGUUGGGCGUGAUGUCCCUGGAGGGCUCGCAGGUGGUCAACCUGUCGGGGGGGCAGCGCAAGAGGGUCGCCCUGGCGGCAGCCCUGGUACAGAAGCCUGACGUGCUUCUUCUCGACGAGCCAACGAACCAUUUGGAUGUGGAAGCGAUCGAGUGGUUGGAAAAGCUGUUGGCGGAGCGUUCCUUGACCUUCGUGUGCGUGACGCACGACCGCUAUUUCUUGGAGAACGUUUGCCAAGAGAUCAUCGAACUCGACACCGCCAAGCUGUACAGGUACCCCGGAAGCUACGAGCGCUUCCUGGAGCUCAAGGAAGAGAGGAUGAACGCCGAGGGGGCGGCGCGGGACAGAGCCCGGAACAAGCUGCGCGGGGAGCUGGCGUGGAUGCGAAAGCAGCCCAAGGCGCGGCAGGCAAAGAGCAAGGCCCGAGAGGAGAGGUUCUACGAGCUCAAGACUAAGGCGGCGGCGCCAGCCGGUGCGAGCGACAAGGGACUGACCCUCUCUUCGAAGACUCAGAGGCUUGGCAAGACGGUCGUCUACCUUAAGGGCGCGUCGCUCAAGUUCUCGGCCAAGAUCCUGGACAACUUCGCGUACGAGUUCGACAGGGGGGACCGCAUCGGGAUCGUCGGGGGGAACGGCGUCGGCAAGACGACGUUCUUGAAUGUCCUCAUGGGAAAGCAGCUACUCGACACCGGGGAGGUUGUGACGGGGGGCACCGUGAGGUACGGGUAUUACGAACAGGGGGGGCUGGUCGACAUGGACGACGACGUUCGGGUCAUGGAGCUGGUCGAAGACACGUGCGCGGGCGCGGAGGUGGGCGAGGACGAGGAGCCGGUUCCUCCACAGGUACAGGCACGGCGCCUGUUAAACUUGUUCCAGUUCCCGGCGGCGAGGUGGAACGACCGAGUCGGCCGGCUCAGCGGCGGCGAGAAGCGGCGGCUGCAGCUUCUCAAGGUCCUGGCGACGAACCCCAACUUCCUGGUGCUCGACGAGCCCACCAACGACCUGGACAUCCUGUCGCUCCAGAUCUUGGAGGACUUCCUGCUGAACGACUACAAGGGGUGCCUCGUCAUCGUGUCCCACGACAGGUUUUUCGUAGACAAGGUCGCUAAACACCUGUUCUUGUUCGAGGGGGACGGCGUCGUGCGCGAUUUCCAGGGCACCUUCACCGAGUACCUUGACUACCGACAAGACUUUAUGAAGCCUGGGGCCGGAGGCGUUGGGGGCUCCAAAGCCGCGGCGGUCAAGCUAGAGGCGGAAGAGGCGGCCCAAAACAAGGGGUCCUCGCAGGCGGUAGAUGCACCGACCCCAUCCACUCCCGCUCCGCGAAAGAAGGCCAAGAAGAUGUCAAACAAGCAGAGGUUUGAGUUCAGCAACUUGGAAAAGGACAUCGAGUCGCUGGGGGAGAGAGGGCGAGAGCUGGACGCGCUGCUAGCGGCGGAGGCGGAAAACCCUUCGGCAGGGUACGAUGAAAUCGCUGCAUGGAUGGAGGAGCAGGCGAGAAUAGAAGUCGAGACAGAGUCCAAGACCGAGCGAUGGCUGGAGCUCGCAGACCUGGAGUAGAUUGAUUGGACUUUGGCGAUGCAAGCGGUUUUGUGGUCCUCUUGAUGGACCCAUGGGGAAAGGAUGUUCACAAUGACAUCAAACGCAUUAGAACUCUUGAGCGCGAUUUUGACCCACGGUGUUGUAGCACUCGUUCGUUGUUCAAGGAUCAGGAGUCCUGUUCGUGAAGAAGGAGGCAAGUGGAAUGAUUUUGUUUUCCGUGUUCGAAUGAAAGCAUAGAAUG